CCACCCCCCAGCCCUCCGCCACCACCGCCGCCGCCACCGGCCCCGCCGCCCUUCCACGGCAUGAUGGACCGCGUGCCCAACGAGCCCUCCUACAGAGCCCCUCUGGAGAAGCUCUUCUACCUCCCCCACGUGUGCAGCUACACCUGCCUGUCCAGGGUGAGGCCCAUCUGCAGCCAGCAGUACCGCAGCAAGAACCCCCUCCUCAUCCCCCUCCUCUACGACUUCCGCCGCAUGACGGCUCGCCGGCCGGACAAUCACCAGAUGGGUUUCCACGUCCUCUACAAAACCCCCUGUGGGUUGUGCCUCAGGAGCAUGCAGGAGAUCGAACGGUACCUCUUUGAGACAGAUUGUGACUUCCUUUUCCUGGAAAUGUUCUGUUUGGAUCCUUACGUUUUGGUGGAUCGAAAAUUCCAGCCUUACAAACCUUACUACUACAUCGCGGAUAUCACCAAGGGGAAGGAGGACGUGCCCCUCUCCUGUGUCAAUGAGAUUGACAACACCCCCCCACCCCAGGUGGCCUACAGCAAGGAGAGGAUCCCUGGGAAAGGGGUGUACAUCAACACCAGCUGGGAGUUCCUGGUGGGCUGUGACUGCAAGGAUGGCUGUAGGGACAAAUCCAAGUGUGCCUGUCACCAGCUGACAGUCCAAGCGACUGGCUGCACCCCAGGGGGGCAAAUCAACCCCAACUCUGGCUACCAGCACAAGAGGCUGGAGGAAUGCCUCCCAACAGGAGUUUAUGAGUGCAACAAGAGGUGCAAGUGCAACAUCAACAUGUGCACCAACCGCCUGGUCCAGCACGGGCUCCAGGUCAGGCUGCAGCUCUUCAAGACCCAGAACAAGGGCUGGGGCAUCCGCUGCCUGGAUGACAUUGCCAAAGGCUCUUUUGUCUGCAUCUAUGCAGGGAAGAUCCUGACGGAUGAUUUUGCUGACAAGGAAGGUUUGGAGAUGGGGGAUGAGUAUUUUGCCAACCUGGAUCACAUCGAGAGCGUGGAGAACGCCAAGGAGGGCUACGAGAGCGACGCCAAGUCCUCCUCAGACAGCAGUGGGGUGGACCUCAAGGGAGAGGAGGAGAACACGGGCACAGAGGAGCAGGAAUCCUCCAACGAGGACAGCUCUGAUGACAACUUCUGCAAGGAUGAGGACUUCAGCACCAGCUUCGUGUGGCGCAGCUACGCCACGCGCCGCCAGACCCGGGGCCAGAAGGAGAACGGGGUGUCUGAGGCAGCCUCCAAGGACUCAGGGCUCACCAGGCAGCUCAGCCACCAGGAGAAUGCCCUGGGCACCUCCUGUGACCCCCCGCUCUCUGAGGAGACCCCCAAGAACAAAGUGGCCUCGUGGCUGAGCUCUAACAGCAUGGCUGAGGGAUUCCAGGACAAUGAUGGGGCCUCUUUCUUCAAGAUGAGUGAAGGUGGAGAAGCCAAGGCUAAAGUUGAGGUGCCUGAGGAGGGGGAGAAAGGCCCCACUGCCAUCCCAGCCAGCCUGGAGGGAGAGGAGAAGGCAGUGAAGAAAGAUGUAAGGGAGGCCCCGGGGGGCUGGGGG